UAAUACCAAGCAUUAGAUGUAUUUUUUACAUCCCUAUAUUAUCCCAAUAUUAUUUCACGGUCCAAAAACACGGAAAACAGGGCUUGGGGCUCGCAUAAACGCAAUUAGAAGUCAUGGACGUUGCCCCCGCACCGCCCGUUAACUCCGGCGGCGAUCAGAAGGUCCAGCAGACGCCGAUCAGCCCCCAUCCGAAUCAUCCGAACCAAGCGCCGGCCGCAAACGCAAAGGCAACAACAAUCGAAAAUGGUGUACAAACAGGAGGAGCGAAAAAGCCAGAGAGUUGUGAACCAACACAUUCCACUGGGACGGGCCAGAAGGAGAGGGACGAGGGCAAGCCCAAAACCGAGCUGGCUGACAAAGUAUUAAUUACCAUAUGCAGCGCCGAUCGCAAGGUCAAGAAGACCUUUAUGUCCUUGCCCACGCGAAAGGAUGUGAUUGAUAAGGCCCACAAAUACGGCCUGUGUGGCAGCACAAUUGUCCUGGAGAGCAAUGGCUGCGAGAUCUGCGAGGACGACGUGCUCCUGUUCGCCGCCAAGGAGAAGAUCCUGCUAAUGCUCCUCGCCGAGUCGGAGGAGUAUGUGGUGCUGCCGCCUCCAUCGCCGCUCAAUCGAUCCGAACGCGCCGGCAGCUCGGUGGAUCCCAGCUUCUAUGCCAACAACAGUAUUGUGUCCAACCCAAACGAUUCGACGGUCUCCAAUGACGAGACCCUGUCGCUGUCCAGCGUAACACCUUCGAGUGCAAAGAAUUCGGCCUUGUUCAAGGAGUUCUCGAUACCCUGGAGUAAGGUGCCUGGGGACAUAAUGAAGCUGCUAAAGGGAAAGGGUAGUUUGGGCAAGCGCCUGAAUACCCUGGCCAAUGUCUUGGUGGAGGCCCUCCGUGAGAUAUCUGCCCACAUCCCCAUUCGGGUUUUCCGGCAGGUGGCCCAGCAGGCUGCUGAAAAGUACCCCGACUCUUUGCUCGAGAAGGACCGUGAAGGUCAGUUCAUAGCCACCACGCCGCAGUCGCUCAUCUCCAAGAUGAUCAACCGGAACAAUGCCCUCAACAAACCGCAAAAACGUGGCAGUUCGGGAACCUUCGAGAUCCACAUCUCCAGCAAAAAACGAAAGUUCGGAAGCGGUGCCUCCAAUGGCGACGCCAAAGCACUGGCCCUCAAUAGGGAUCUGGAGCAGAAAAAGGAACUACUUAUCUCCAGCUACCGCGGCAGUUCCCCCCUGGAACAGUCCACCAUUAUCGAAUAUAUGAAAGAGUGCUUUCCGCUGCAGCGCUCGUUCUUCAAUAACAGCGAAAAGAUCCCGGACAUCACGGCCAUCAAGGACAAUUGGCCAUAUAUUUUUGACAAGGCGGUGCUGUACCAGCACUUCGAGCUGCUCAUGUCCAUCGAUCCCCGAGCUUUGGAGAAACGCUUGGCCGGUGAAAAGGAGCGUUUCUUCAGGUUCUUCAAGAGUUCGAAGAACAAAAAAAUCAGCGCUCUGGAGGAGACCAACGCAAAUUUGCUGCGUGGCAUAGCGUAUCAUUUCAAUGAGGAUCCCGACUACAUCUUCAAGCACCUGGAAAGCGGUUCCCUCAACAAGGAAGCGCUGCAGAGCAUGAAUCCCACAAACGCCCCUUGGGUGGCUCUAGUCAAUUCGCCCAUAACAACGGCCGACGGCGUGGAAUCGCAAAUAGAGGCCAAGGUUUACAUCGAGGGCCAGGUGAUGGCCACGUUCGCCGCCAAGGACGACGACCUGCCGGACAUUCUGGCCCAGCUGAUCUGCUACUACUAUACCUUUAACAUGAUGUACCCCAAGGAAGCCAAUCAAACACUCGAAUUUAUCGUCGUUUACUUUCUGCAGCACUCGCCGGAACAAGCGCGAUCGGCCAAGAAAUCGGUUACCACCAACGGCAAGUUUAACCAGCUAAUCGCCAAGCUGGCCAACGCCAAUGGCUGAAUAUUCGAUAUGGACUUGGCUGGAACCAUCGCGCUGCGGGCGUCGCUUCAAUCUCCUCUUGCUCCUCCCGCUGAAGGAGGAGUCGAAUUCUGUUUAGUUUAUUUAUUUUCGCCGACCUAUUCCACAUGUAUUUGUACCACUACUUUUAAGAUUUGCAUAAAGUGUGUAGUAAUGUUGUGUAUACAUUUCUGAUUUGUCACCCGA